ACUUAAAAUUUUGGAGAAAUUGAUCAAUUUUUCAGAAAUAGGCCACACAUAUUUGCCCUUAUAUCUUUUAGUGCUGAUUAAAAAUGUAGCAAAUUUAAUUUUACAUUGUAUGUUCAGCCACAAAACUCAAAUAAACUACUAUUUUAAUCAUAUAGUAGGCUUGUUUACUUUAGAAAGUCAUAGAGAAAGUGGGGUUCAAUUGUUCUAACAAGUUCUAACAGUUACAAAAACAAUGUGGAAAACUUUUCAGCAUGGGGCGAAUUUGUACAUGAUUAAAGUUGUCCAAGAUACCAACCUGCGACUUGUCUUAACUGAUUUCCAAAACAUAUGGGUGCAAGAAAUCUCCAAAGAUGACCUUUUGCUACAAUUUCAGGAAGCUAACCCUUUGUUUGAUGUUAAAGUAGAUGAAAUUGUGACUGAAGUUACUGAGGCUAUCAACAGCAUUUCUGACCUCACUGAUAUUGAAAUUUCGGAAGCUGAUGAGGGGCUAAAACUGCUCCUAAACUCCAUUAAAUCAGAAUAUAAAAUAAAGUUUAAGUUUAAUUUUCACAAAUCAUCAUCAGAAACUUUCUUAAAAGAAAUUACAGUACCCUUAAUUCAAACAGUGAAGCAUUUAGAAGAACGUCAAAAUAUGUUAAUGAAUUUACUUCAAAAGAAAGAUAGAGAGUUGGAGGAAUAUAAGCUUGAGAAAGGUGUCAUUUCGAGAGAUGAUUUAAUUACUGAAAAGUUUGAUGAAGAGAAACUGAAUAGUAUUGAUGAUAAAUCAAUGAUGGGUGUCUUUGGGCACAACGAAACGUUUUGGAACAGUUUCGUUAGCCAACAUGGCAACAUUGAGGCCACAAUUGAAGAGAAUUUUUCUCCGAGUGUUAAACUCCUGAUGGAUGUCCAUGAAGUUGAAGAUGUCAUGUUACCCACCACUAAAGACCGAAAAACCCUAGAUUUUAAUUUAUUGCCUGCAAAAUCAAAAAAAAUUUACGAACUAACUUAUCGUCGAUUUAUGGAUUAUCGCAGGGAAAAUAAAAUAUCAUCGUUCUCAGAAAACGAAUUAUUAACGUACUUUAUCCACUCAUCGAAAAAAUACAAAUCUUCAUCGUUGUGGUCAAUCUAUUCAAUGUUAAAAACUACACUAAGUGAAAAAUUUAACUUGAAUAUAGGAGAAUACACCCAACUCCGGGCUUUUUUAAAACGCCAAGCCGAUGGUUACAAACCGAAGAAAACAAAAGUUUUUAAAAAAGAACAAGUUCGAAAAUUUUUAUUGGAAGCCCCAGACUAUAAGUAUUUAUCAACGAAAGUUGUGUUAAUUUUCGGGAUUGCCGGUGCUUGUAGUUGCGAUGAUCUUCUUAAUUUAAAAACUGGUCAUGUUGAAGAUGUGGGGAGUAAAAUUUUAGUCAAUUUACCCGCGACUGUGUCAAAGAAGUCGAGGUUUUUUGUAAUAUCCGAACAUUUAAAUAUUGUCCGAAAAUACACAAGCAAUCGGCCGGUUCAUUGUAAGUCGGAUAGGUUCUUUUUCAGCUAUUGGCAUGGGAAACCACGUGCGCAGGUGAUAGGUGUACAUAGAAUGGGUAGCAUGCCGCGAGAAAUUGCCACUUAUUUAAAAUUACCAAAUCCUAAAGAGUACACAGGACAUUGUUUUCGUAACACGUCCAUUUUAUUUGCGAAAGAUUCGGAAAAGAUUGAUUCGAAAGAAUAUACAGGAAACUGUUUUCGCGAUACGUCAAUUUUAUUUGCCAAAGUGUCGGAAAGGAUUGCCAAGGAGCGUGAUCCUCUCGCUGAUUCGUUAGACUUCAAAGUUGAGAUUAAGGAGCAUUUUUGUUAAGAUUUUUGUUGUAUUGUAUGUUUGUGAUUGAAUAAAGUUUUUUAUUAAA